GAGAUGAUCUGAGAGCAACCAUGGAGGCCAGACUGAAGCUGCCGUUUGUCUCUGUGAUGAUGAUGAUGGUGAUGAAGACGACCUCAGCUGCAGCUCAACAGAACUUUUGCUCUAACUCGACCGUGCUGAGGACUCGGACAGCGUGUCACUCUUGCAGCAUCAGUAUGUUGAUCCCGUGUCCGUCAGGAUUCAGACAGACCGCUGGGUCUGUCACUCAGGACUGCAAAUAUUUCAUCAAGACAGCGAGUCUGAAGCUGCAGAUCAGCGGCUGCUCCUUCGGGUGUCAUCGAGAGGAGGUGCUGAAGAGCUGCUGUCCUGGUUUUUGGGGUCCAGACUGCCAGGAGUGUCCUGAGCGAGCUGACAGACCCUGCAGUGGCAGAGGAACCUGCUCUGAGGGUCUGGGAGGAAACGGGACCUGCAGCUGUCAGGAGGGCUUUGCAGGAACUGCAUGUGAGCUUUGUACAUCUGGUCGAUACGGUCCUACUUGCAGCUCAGUUUGUUCCUGUGUGCACGGUCUGUGUGACUCUGGUAUGACAGGAUCUGGUUUGUGCACAUGUUUCUCUGGAUACUCAGGUCCAAGCUGUGAUCGAGAGCUCCCUGCGUGUGCGGCUCUCAACUGUCAGCAGAACUCUCGCUGUAUGGAGGAAGCUCUGACGGGUCAGCUGGUAUGUCAGUGUAUGCCAGGAUACCAGAAGUCUGGAGAUCAGUGUGUUUCCAUAAACCCAUGUGUUCGGCCACUCUGUCAUGCCCAAGCCGCCUGCAUCCACACGGGGCCAAACCAGCACAUGUGCGUCUGUAAUGAGGGUUACACCGGAGACGGACGGGUCUGCAUUGCCAUCGACCCGUGUCAGACCAAGCAGGGAGGCUGCUCUGCUGAGUCCACAAGAUGUGUCUUCGACAGGCCGGGAAAGUCUCACUGUGAGUGUCUGCCUGGGUAUGAAAACCUGCAUCAAGGUAGCUGCAGCCUAACGGACCUGUGUAGACCUGGAUCCUGUCAUGAACACGCCAACUGUACUACAGUGGAACCGGGGCGAAUCGACUGCACCUGUCACCAGGGUUACCUUGGUAACGGUAAAGUCUGUUAUGGGAACAUCAUCCAGCGUCUGAACGAUCUGAACACAGAGCCGACCGGAGAGUGGAGGGGUCAGCUUAGCAAUGCCAUCCAGCUGUUCAGUGUUCUGUCAUGGCCUCUGCAGAGUUUGGGUCCCUUUACUCUGUUCGUCCCGAUCAAUAAAGGUUUCAGAGGAACUUCAUUGAGGACUCUUGCUGCCAAUCCUGCCAAAGCUAAGUACCUGUGUAAGAUGCACCUGGUUGCCGGGGUGAUGCCGUUCAGCUCUCUGAAGAAAACCAACAUUUUUUACACCAUAACAGGAAAAUCAGCUGAGACAGACACCUCAGAGGGGGACACUCAGACUAAAAUCCGUCUCCAUGGCAGCAGGAAGAAAGGUGUGAUCCUUCGCUCUGAUGUGGUCGCGUCCAACGGGAUGAUCCACAUCAUCAACAAACUGAUGGACAGUGUGGCCCCCACUGUGGAGAGUGACACUCAGGAGAAUCUGAUGAGGAUCAUCUCUGAUUACGGAAAAUUCAUCACUUUGAAGUCCUUUUUGGAGAAAGUAGACCUGGACAUAGUCCUUGACAGUCCUGGUCCAGUCACAGUCUUCGCCCCCACCUUUAUGGCCUUUAACAUGAUGAAUGAGGGAUACCUGGAACACCUGAAGAGUGCUGAGGGUAGACACAAACUGCUCGAGUUCAUGAGGAACCACCUGGUCCGGUCCACAGAGCUGGAGGUCUUUAACGCCGUGUCCAGUCCCAGGAUUGUGACGAUGGCCAAUCAGGUUCUGAACAUCAACGUGACAGAAAACGGUCGGAUUCUUGUAAACGAUGCAGCGGUGAUUGAGGCGGCUGUUGAAGCUAAAAAUGGACGUAUGUACGUCUUAGAUGGAGUUUUGAUCCCGCCCUCCAUUGAACCUGUGCUGCCCCACAGGUGUGACAUCACUGAGACCAAAGUCAUCAAGGGUACGUGUGUGAGCUGCUCCAAAGCCAAACAAUCUCAGUGCUCAUCUGGAGUUUUUGCAAACUCCUCAAUCUACGGGUGUCUCUACACUCACCCAGUUAUUCAAGUCCCUGUGGUGGGCUGCUCGCCGCUCUGCAACGCCAACAUAACGACUCCAGUGUGCUGUAAAGGAUUCUAUGGUCCUGACUGCAUAUCCUGUCCAGGUGGAUAUCAGACACCGUGCUCUGGACACGGUCAGUGUUCUGAUGGGAUCACUGGCACCGGUACAUGUGUAUGUGAUCAAAACUUCAGAGGAUUUCGCUGUCAGUAUUGCUCCGCCUCCAACAAAUACGGACCAAACUGUGACAGAACCUGUCCCUGCGUCCACGGUCAGUGUGAUAACCGUGCAGACUCAGACGGUCGCUGUAAAACGGACACCUGUCAGUCAGGAUUCACCGGCCCACUGUGUGAUCGAAGGACGUCGGCGUGUGGCGUUAAUGCUCAGUUCUGUCACGCGCACGCCGACUGUGACUUCAGCCAAGGAAAUCCCAGGUGUAUUUGUAAACCUGGUUACCAAGGAGACGGGAUCACCUGUGUGGAGGCUGACCCCUGUGCUCCGCCCCGCCGUGGUGGCUGCAGCGUGAAUGCUAAAUGCAUUAAGACAGGCCCAGGGACUCACUCCUGCCAGUGUCUUAGUGGUUGGAAGGAGGAUGGAGACGACUGCCAGCCAGUCAACAACUGUGAGCGACCUGAUAACGGAGGCUGUCACCCCAAUGCCACCUGUAUCUACGUAGGACCUGGGCAGAGCGACUGUUCCUGUAAGGCGGGGUAUAAAGGCAGCGGCUGGGACUGUGAGGCCGUCAAUCAGUGUGUGACGGCUAACGGGGGCUGUCAUUACCUGGCCAGCUGUCUCCUGCUCUCCUCUCAGUGGACGUGUGUCUGCGAUGAAGGUUAUGUCGGAGACGGACAGACGUGUUACGGCACCAUCAGACAGGAGCUCACAGCUAUGCAGGGCGUCUCAGAAUUCUCCACAUGGACCACUGACUCUGGUCUGUCCUGGUCUCUUGCUGAUCAGAAUCUCACCCUGCUGGUGCCGUCUUCAGACGCUGUCGCUAAAAUGUCCCCAGAGGAUAAAACUUUCUGGACCACCAAGGGAAACCUACCCAGUCUCAUUAGAAAUCACAUGAUCCAAGGUGUGUAUCCAUUAUCCAGGCUGAGCAGCCUCCCCUCUCUCACCUCCCUCCUCAAGACCACACUUCCUGUUUCAACAACCAAUGACGUCACAGCUGUUGGAGGAGCUACCAUCACCACAUCAAACGUCGCUGCUACCAACGGACUCAUCCACAUUAUUGACAAGGUUUUGGUUCCUGACAGGAAGUUGAGCGAAGGUCUGCUGGCGACUCUUGCCCUUAAGACAGACUUCUCUCUGUUCAGAUCCUACCUAAUCAAUUAUAACCUGACAGACGAGAUCGAGCAGGCAGAUGAGUUCACUGUGUUCGCACCAACAGACGCUGCCAUUGCUGAUUAUCUGAAGAAAAUGUCUCUCACUGCAAUGGAUGUGAACACUACUCGUUACCAUGUGGUGCCAACGGAGCGUUUGUUGAAGACUGACCUGCAGCCUGGAGGGUACAAAGAAACCCUGCUCGGAAUCUCCUACCAGCUCGGCUUCUAUCCUCGAGACGGGAAGCUGUUUGUGAAUGACGCUCAGCUGAACUCAUCGAACCUUCUGAGUGGUCAUGGAGUGAUUCACGGACUGUCUACUGUCUUAGAGAUCAACAAGAACCGCUGUGAUGAGGUCAAAUACCAGAAAUUUCAGGGUCCAUGUGUGGACUGUUUGUUUCCAAGAAGUGACAUCUGUCCCAACAAAACAGUUGAAGACAAAUCAGUGAAGAAGAGGAAGUGUAUGAUGAGCCGUGUGUUUGAAGAAGGGCGGCUACUGACCAUCGGCUGCAAAGCGACCUGCCUGCAGUCCAACAUCGAUUGGAAGUGUUGUGGAGGGUUUUUUGGGACGCAUUGUGAACCGUGUCCGGGGCCGAAGGGUCAUCCCUGCUCUGGCAAUGGACAGUGUGAUGAUGGGACAGCGGGGACUGGAUUAUGUCGAUGCUCCAAGGGAUUCGUUGGGACAGCGUGUGAGAGCUGUGAAAGUGGGAAGUACUCAGUUCACUGUGACCAGGACUGUCGUUGUAAAAAUGGCCGCUGUAACGAGGGCGUAAAAGGCGACGGUUCGUGUGUCUGUGAUGUGGGAUGGAGAGGAAUCCUCUGUGACGAGAAGACUGAAUCAGAGGAGUUGUGUGGAUCAGUGAAGUGUCACACCAGUGCAAACUGUUUACAGGGUAGUUCUGCCUCGUUUUGUUCGUGUGCUGCUGGAUUUGAAGGAAAUGGAACGUUCUGUAAAGCCAGAGACCCGUGUUCAGUGAGUAAUGGCGGCUGCAGUCCGGUCGCCGUGUGUAAGAGGACAUCACCCGGCCUCAGAGAGUGUGUGUGUGGCUCGGGUUACCGUGGUGAUGGACUGGUGUGUGUGGAAAUCAAUCCCUGUCUGGAGGGAAAUGAUGGCUGCCAUGCUGAUGCUGAGUGCAUCCAUGUCGGACCAAACAAAACUUCUUGUGCCUGUAGAGAUGGUUUUCAUGGCAACGGUCAGGACUGCAAAAUGAUUGACCUUUGCAAAAAGAGACAUGGCGGUUGUCAUGAGUAUGCCAAGUGUAACAUGACGGCUCCAGGUGUUCGCACUUGCACGUGUACCAGCAGCUACAUCGGAGACGGAUUCUCCUGUAGAGGCACAGUGGGGAAGGAGAUCCUAAAGAGGAAGCUCAGAGACUUCUACAUGGCAUUGAUAGUGACUCAGAUCUCUCUGAAAGGUCGCGGGCCGUUCACCGUAUUCGUUCCAACAGCGGAUGCCUUUAAUGAGGAGAAGCAAGGAGCCGGCAGGUUUAAAAAGUUGACAUCAGAGAAACAUUUUGAAGAAUUCAGCGCCAUCCUACGCAGCCACAUCGUCAUGUGUCACACUCUGCAGUCUGCUGACCUGAGCCAACCACGAAACAUGACAUCUCUCUCCGGACUCGUCCUGACCACCAGGUCCAACCAGGGUAGCAUCUUCAUCAACGAGGCCAAUGUGACGUACAGCCACGGCCUCAGCACCAACGGUGUCUUCCACGAGAUCAACAGGAUUCUGUUUCCUCCCAAAAAAGACAGAAUAGAAGACUCAGACCGACCUGUGAACCUGAGUGACAUUGCAGAUCGUCACGGAUACAAAACCUUUUACAGACUGCUGGAGGACUCAGGUGUGAUGGACCUGGUAGGGGACGUGAUGUACCGGCCGGUGACUGUCUUCCUGCCCUCAGACAACGUCAUGGCGUCCCUGCCGCAGGAGCAAAAGGACUUCCUGUUUCACAAAGACAACAAAGCUCAGCUGCAGGAGUACCUCAAGUUCCACAUCCUGCACAGUCAAAAGGUGUAUGCUGAAGGUCUGAUCCACCUGGACUCACCUCGGACUCUGCAAGGUUCACCUCUGAGCUUCAGCUGUGGAGGGUCUGAUGCCAUUGGAGAAGUGUUUGUUAACGAUGGAAAAUGCCGGAUUGUUCAAAGACACCUCGCCUUUAACGGCGGCAUCGCCUACGGCAUCGAAUGCCUGCUGACUCCGCCCAGCCUCGGAGGACACUGCAUUGAACCAAAGACCCUUGACCUUCAGAUGAGCUGUGAAGUGUGUGGCUCCUCUGCGGCUCGCUGUCCCAAAGGCUCCAAACUUAAGGACGUUGAGAAGUGUGACCUUCCAUCAGUGUACAUAAACAAAAACUCGGGCUGCCGCAGCAUCUGCACCGUCAGCUUCUUUAAACCAAAGUGUUGUGUAGGUUACUACGGACGGGACUGUCAGGCCUGUCCCGGCGGCAGCAGCUCGCCCUGCAAUAACCACGGUAAAUGUGAUGACGGUCACCUUGGUAACGGCACCUGUACCUGUGAUGCUGGUUUUGGGGGCGUGGCCUGUGAGCUGUGCAGUGAAGGGUUCUAUGGUGGCAGCUGUAAAGCCUGUAACUGUUCAGAGCACGGGUCAUGUGACCAGGGACGGACAGGGACCGGAGCUUGUUUCUGUGAGGCAGGCUGGACCGGAGAUCGCUGUGAGAAGCAACAGACUGAGGUUCUGCAGUGUUCUCCGUCCUGUUCUCCAAAAGGGAUUUGUCGUGAAAACAACACCUGUGAAUGUCUGCGAUUUUAUGUAGGAGACGGCUACGCCUGCAAGGCAAUGGAUAUCUGCAGCGUCUGGAACGGCGGCUGUGCUAAAGGAGCCAAAUGUUCUCAGGUGGGAGAACAGGUGACCUGCACGUGUCCCAAAUUUCACCAGGGAGAUGGCUACACCUGUCUGCCCAUCGACCCCUGCGCCUCUGGGGACAACGGAGGCUGCCAUGAGCACGCCACCUGCACCAUGACGGCCCCGGGGAAGAAGAAGUGCACCUGUAAGGACAACUACAUCGGAGACGGCGUCACAUGUGAGGUUAAACAGAAGCCAAUCAGCCGCUGUCUCCAAGACAACGGACAGUGUCAUCAAGACGCCAAAUGCACCGACCUGCACUAUGAAGAUGCAAAGUUUGGAGUGUUUCACUACCGUUCAGUCAAAGGUCAGUACAAGCUGACGUACAGCGAGGCGCAGCAGGCCUGCAUCGCAGAGGGAGGCAGCCUGGCUACAUACACUCAGCUGUCCUACGCUCAGCAGGGGGGGCUGAACAUGUGUGCUGCCGGGUGGUUGGACGCGGCCCGGGUCGGGUACCCAACGACUUAUUCAAACCCUCAGUGUGGCUUUGGACACAUUGGCAUUGUGGACUACGGGACACGCAAAAACCUGAGUGAGACCUGGGACACUUUCUGCUUCAGGAUAAAGGAGGUGAAAUGUGAGUGUAACCCCGAUUAUGUAGGAGACGGUCUCAGCUGUGUGGGAAACCUGCUCCAGAUCCUCAAAUCUACUCCCAACUUCUCAAACUUCCUCACACAAAUCCUGAACUCGUCUCGGGUGUCUGACUCAGGUAAACAGUUUGUGAAGCGGCUCAGCAACCUGACCAUUCAGUCCACUCUGUUCGUACCUGACAAUGGUGGCCUCCCUGACAAUCAGGUGAGUCUCUGCUUCACAUUAAGCUGCCCACACAAAGAAAAACACCUGUCCUUCUCUCACCUGUCCUGUGUUUCUAUCAUGCAGACUCUGUCCAUGCGGGACCUCGAGCUCCACCUGUCAGAGGGUCAGGCUCUUCCUCUGGACCAGUUGAAGAACGGCACUCACAUCAGAACUCGUGUCGGCGCGCUAACCGUCCUUGGAAUCGCUGAUCUAAUGAACCCGUCAGCUCUGUCAUCUCGUUACAUCAACAACCGCUUCAUCACCACCUCAGACAUCCAGGCUGCAAAUGGGGUCAUUCAUGUUCUCCAGGGGCCGCUGAAAGCCCCGCCCCCUCGCCAAGCACAGAUGCAGGUGGCUCACAAGGCGGGUGUUGGCGUUGGCGUUGUGGUUCUGAUCAUUCUGCUGGUGGCGGUCGUCUUCGUUGGUUAUCACUUCUACACCCACAAAACCAGUCCGUUCAUGUUCCACUACUUCAAGGAAGAGGAUGAAGCAGAGGAAGAAGCUCCGCCGACCCCAGAAGAAAUCCCUCGGACAAUCUGCAACCCUGUUUAUGAAGCGGCCCCAGAACCUGCAGAGAGCGGCUCAUCUGAAGCUGCAGUGGAGGAUACACAUGAGGUGGUGGAUGGAGGAUCGUAUGACCUGCUGCCUGCUGACCUUUAACAUGAACUCGAUUCAUCACGUUAGUGGAGUGCCAGACCGAGGGCGAUGGUGUGAUCAAGUUUUUCUCCUCUGACAAAGAGCAGCUGAUUUCUCUAAGAACUGAACUCUAACUCAGACUAAUGAUUGAGAAAUCAUCACCUCCUUCUUCCUCUCCCAACUGAAACAACACUGAUGAUGCAUCCAGGUGUUCAAGUCUGAACUCUACACUUUAAAGUGUCAUACCUUUACUGAUUCAAGAUUUUUCUGUUGAGUAUUUCUGUAGGAUGGAAACAGAGCUGCUGGUUUUAGGUUCUCAGUUUGAUAUUGAAAUGAAAAUGUUGGAAUAAAAAUACCUCAAGGGCAAAAUAUACUGUUUUAUAAUCAUAUGUACCUGAAAUUUAAGGCAAAUAAACCCACUAAGAAGGAUUUGCAUCAUUUUUUCCACACAGGACAAACAUUGACUAAAAUGUGACUUUAGCACUAUUCGCACAGGAUUAGUAUUACAUGUGAACCUCUGUGUGCUGCAAUACAGUCGGUAGUUUGCCCUGGAAUUUUUAUUCUGAAAAUGACAGACAAGGACGAUUUACAACAGGAUUAAAAACACAGACAUCCUGCUUGAUUAUCCCAAAUUUCCAGAGGUCCCUAGGUAAUACUAAUCCUGUGCAAAUAGGGCUUACGUUUUCUGAAUUAAAGUUUCAUUUUCCUUCAUUCUUUCAGGGCUGCUAGCUGAGGCCAAAUGCUAAUGGUAGAUUUCUAUGUAAAUGAGAAGAUAAAUCUUU